AUGCUGGAGCAGGCAGCUGCUUGUCUUCGGGCUCUAGCUGCUUUGCUCCUCCCAUCGUCACUGCAAGAGGCCUGCAGCUCUGCCCCGCCCCGCCCUUCCUACCCUGCUGGGGUCUGCCAGGAUCCAGGAUUCCAGACUACCAUCACAGGUGCUCCUUGGCAGGUGAGAGAGCAGGCCCCGCCUGAGGAGGAAGAAACAGAGUACAUUGAGCUUCUGGCAGCAGAAAAGCAUCAAGUUGAAGUCCUUAAAAACAUGCAGCAUCAGAACAAAAGUCUGUCCAUGCUUGAUGGAAUUCGUGAAGAUGUAAGAAAGGCAGCAGAUCGCUCAGAAGAAGAAAUAGAGGAACAUGUUUUUGAUGACAACAAGGCAGUAAUGGGGGCCAAUUUUGAGGCAGUUUUGAGAGUAGAGGAGGAGGAAGCCAAUUCCAAGAGAAAUGGAUCAAAACAUGAAGUAGAGAUCAUUUGGGCCUUAGUAUGCUAAGUGACUCUCAAAACAAUCAAUAUCUAUUGAGUAAGCCCAGAGAGUCAACAAUUCCAGGAGCUGAUCCCCCCUUCAGA